AUGAAGUUUGGUUCUGUAGCAGAAUUUAGAGAAGCAGUAAGGGAUGCAGCUAUAAAAGGCAAGUUUGACCUAUCAUUUGUGAAGAAUGAUGGAGAGAGAGUCACAGUGGUAUGCAAGGCUAAAUGUGGGUGGAGGAUUCAUGCCUCUGAAAAUGGUUUUGUGCAGACAGUUGAAAGUGAAUUUAAUGUUGAAGUGACAAAACAAAAGGUGGGUAGAGCAAAGAAGUUGGCUUUACUAAUGAUUCAAGGUGAUUAUUCAAAGCAAUUUGCAAGAACUAGGGACUACUGUGCCUUAAUCCUAGAAACAAAUCCCAGGAGUGUUGCUAAUGUUGUUCUAUUCCCUAGAGGCUAUGUGGAAAGGAUUCUUAGAGGGUUGUGUGCUGUUGGUAGGGAUGGCAACAAUGGCUUUUAUCCAAUUGCAAUUGGUUGUGUUGAGGCAGAAUGCAAGGACUCUUGGGAAUGGGUUUACUUGAGGUAUUUGAGCAUAAAUAUCCUGGAGCAGAUAUCACGUUCUGUAUUAAACACAUGUAUGAGAAUUUCAGGCAGAAUACUAAGAAACAUAUUCUGGAAUGCAUCCACAGCAUACACAGAAUCUGAUUUUGUGCUACAUAUGCAAGAGAUGAAGGAAGUUAACAAGGAUGCACAUGAUUGGUUAAUGAAGAUUCCCUUAAAGGUUUGGGUAAGGUCAGCAUAUACUACAAAGAGUAGGAAUAGCCUAUGUGUAAAUAACAUGUGUGAGUCAUUCAAUAGCUACAUUGGGAAGGCAAGGGACCAGCCUUUAAUUUACAUGUUUGAGAAGAUUAGAAAACAACUGAUGGUAAGGUAUCAAAGCAAUAGAGAGAUGAUGGAUAAGGUUAAUGGACUGUUGUGUCCAAAAAUUAAAGAGAAAUUGGAUAAAAUUUCUGAAGAUGUCAGAAGACUGCGUGUGAGUUAUGCAGGAAAUGACAAGUAUGAGGUGGAAAACAUGACAUGGAAUGAAGCUGGGGUUAGUGAUUAUGUGAAUCUUGCUACAAGAACUUGUUUAUGUAAGUAUUGGGAUAUAACUGUCAUACCUUGUAAACAUGCAGUGGCAGUAAUUUUGGAUAGGAGGUUUGAUCUAGAGCUGUUUGUUCACCCUUCUUACUAUAGAGAGACAUAUUUGAAGUCUUAUGGAUAUGUCAUAACUCCAGUGUCUUUAAGGAAUCUGGAAAGAGAAGUUGGUACUGUUCCAAUACUGCCACCACCUCAUAGGACUAGACCUGGAAGACCUAAAAAGAUCAGGAAAAGAGGUCCAGAUGAGAGUAAGUCAAAAGGUUCAGUGGUGAAGAGGUCAAAAAUGAGAUGCACUAAAUGUCUUGUCUUGGGUCAUAAUGUGGUGGUAGAGAUGAAACUGUUGCUGGUAGGAGAGAGGAAUUCUACUACAGAAGGUGGGAGGUCUGCUAACAGAGGUAGUGGUAGAAGUGGUGUGAGAGUUAACAGAGUUGCUACUAGGGGUGGUGGUGGUGUUCACAUAAGUGGUGCUGUUCACAUAGGUGGUGGUGUUCACAUAGGUGGUGGUGACAGACCUGCUAGAGGUGGUAGCAGUGGUGACACAGCUGCUAGAGCUAGUGGCAGUGGUGGCAUAGCUGGUAGAGGUAUUGGCAGUACUGCUAGAGGUGGUGACAGUGGUGGCAGAGCUGCUAGAGGUAGCUGGUAA